CUAAACUAAGCUAAGAUAAACUAAGCCAAGCCGUUUGAGCAGGGCGGGUCCCUGGGAUGGCGGGCCCGGGGCUGUGCCCGGCAGCGGGCGGUGCGCGCCGCGGGGCUGGAGCGGGGGAGCCGCGCCCGGCAGCGGCGGUGCCGCACGGCCCCGGAGCCCGGGCGGUGCGCGGGGUGCCGGCAGCCCUGGGCCGGGUGAGCGCUGCGCCCGGCCCGGUGGGGACGCGAGGCUGGGCCCUGUCAGAGGGUUUGCUGGAGGGACGGGAAAUUGAGAGCUGCCACUCCCCAGGGAGUGACCUUCGGCCGGGCUGCUCGGUAAUUUCGGUGAUUCGGGGCUUUCCAGCCCUGCACACACCCGCUGUAGCAGCUGGACAGGCGCUGUGCCUCCCUGCCGAGCUCGGGCAGGCAAGCCCUGCCGCAGUUCGAGGCUGUGGUUCCACGGGGCUGGCUGUCUCCCUGUGAAAUGCCGGGGCUGAACGGGAUGGGGCGUGCUGUCGGCAGGAGCCGUGUGCCCGCAGGGAUGGCCGGCGGGAGCCAGGAGCGGAGCCUGCGGGAGGAGCUGACCUGUGCCAUCUGCUGCGAGCUGUUCAGCGAGCCCGUCAUGCUGGACUGCAUGCACCACUUCUGCAGGGGCUGCAUCCUGCAGUACUGGGACAGCUGCGGCCGCGGCCCCUCGUGCCCGCAGUGCCGCCGCCGCUUCCCCAGCCGCGCCGUGCGCUCGCACUACCUGCUGGCGGGGCUGGUGGACAAGGUGCGCCGCUGCGGCUCCCAGCAGCACCGGCACGACAUGCGGAAGCACCUGGAAGAUGCUUUGCAGGCUCGUCAGAAGGAGAUGGAGAGCUUGCUGCAGAGGAAGCGUGUGGUGCAGGAGGACAUCUGCAGCCUGACGAAGGUGUCUGGGGAGCUGAACUUCAAGAUUCGGGCUGAGUUUGCUCGCCUUCAUCAGAUCCUGGAGGAAGAGGAGAGAGCUGUGCUGGCAGAGCUGGGUGAGAAGGAGGAGCAGUCACUGGCCCAGCUGCACAGGCACGUUGGCCAGCUGGAAGAGGGGGUGGCAGUGCUGCAGAGGGACAUCGAGCACAUCAAGCAGACCCUGAGCAAGAUGGAAGAUGUGUCACUGCUGGAGGUGGAGAGCCUGGAUAUCAGGCCCUCGGUGCAUGUUGAGCCCCAGCCUGCCCUGGACCUGCAGCACUACAGGGACAGCCACAGUGGCCCCUUGCAGUACAUCUUCUGGAGGCGGAUGCUGCGCUCCAUCUGCCCUGCUCCUGCCCCGCUCACCUUUGACCCCGAGUCAGCCCACCCCAACCUGGUCCUGUCCAAGGAUCUGACAGCAGUGACAGAGAGGAGCCGAGCCCAGCCCGUCCCCGUCAGCCCUCGGCGCUUCCGUCAGUGCGUCAACGUGCUGGGCUCGCAGGCCUUCCGCGGCGGCCGGCACUACUGGGAGGUCUGGGUGGGCAGCAAAACCAAGUGGGACCUGGGGGUGGCUGCCGAGGCUGUGGACCGGGCAGCCAAGGUCAAGCUGUGCCCAGAGAACGGCUACUGGACGCUGCGCCUGCGGAACAGGACGGAGUACUGGGCCGCUGCCAGCCCCUGGGUGCGCCUGGCCCCCCGCCAGCCCCCGCGCAAAGUGGGCGUCCUGCUGGACUGCCCGGAGGGCACCGUGGCCUUCUUCGAUGCUGGGGACAUGUCCCACCUCUUCACCUUCCACCAGGUCUCUGCAGAGAGAUACUGCCCCUUCUUCAGCACCUGCUUCAGUGACGGGGGGGACAACGUGGAGCCCAUGCGCCUCUGUCACCUGGCCCUGUGAGGGACGCCGGCCUGGCUCCUGCCCGGGGCUGCGCUGGAGGCCAGCUCUGCACACACAAGCCUGAGGGGUUUGGAGGAGCUGUUUUGGUUUCAGUUUUGGGAGGAAGGAGGGGAUGAGUCUCCUGCCAGUGCUGUCUGCCCUCCCCUGUGCCGUGGCUGUGGCACCCACAAGGCACUCACAGGGGAUCCUGGCCCCCUUUCCCGAGCACAGCACAGUGACAGCACCACGGGGCUGCAGGGGAGGGGGCUGUGUUCCUGGCACCUCCUGCCUCUCUGUGCUCCCACCAUAGGCCCCCUGGAGGAGGGCAGCGGUCUCGGGGCACCCUCGGGUGCCCCUCAGCCCCCCAUCCCGGCCAUGGCAUCCCGUGCUGGAAGAGCUUCCCGGGGCAGCGCUCGGGGCCGGCGGCAGAGGGAGCCCGGUGCGCGGUCCCUGGCUUUGGCGCUAUUAAAGCUCCUUACAAAGCCUCUGGUGCCUGCUGGGGCUGCUCGGGCUUGUGUGCUGGGGGAUCUGCUGCUCUGCGGUGUGGCACAGCCUGGGGGCUCCGAGCAGCCCCCAGAGCCCUGCUCCAGCCCUGGCUCUUCGGUGCCUGAGCACAGAGGCUCACAAGAGACGCUGCUCCCGUAUAUUUCCCUGCACAUCUUGCAGUGGCUUUUCACCAUUUGCUGUUUGAGAACAAGGGAGAGAGGCUCUGAGCCUAGCCCUCAUCUUGGGCUAGAGCGUUUUAAGAUUUGGCCAUCUCUGGUCUGACUGGGUCUUAGGGACUUGUACAUGUGAAAAAUGCCAAGUCCCAAUUCUUUCCACAUUCAGCAAAAACGUGGUUGUUUUCCUGUCAGCCUCCUGUGGCCCUGCUGGCAGCCCUGCACCUGCAGGAGGGCAGGCAGGGUCCCUGGAGGGGCAAGUCAAGGGGGUUUGGCUGCUGUGGUUUGUGGCCAGGAGGUGCUGGCAGUCAGCAGAGGGGCUGGGAUGGAUCCAGGCCUGGCUGGUGGAAGUGCUGGGUGGGAGGGAGGAUGGCAGUGCCUGGGAUGGGUGGAAAUGUCAUGUUUUUCCCACCCAAGUCCAUUCCGGGCUCAAAGCAGAGGCCAGAGCUCCCCAAUACUGUGUAGUCCCCAGUGCUGGCUGGAGCCAGACUCCUCUGGCAGAGGCUCAGCUUUCUGUGGCAUGGGAAGGGCCAGGUGUGAGGCUGUCCAGCUCCACAGCUGGACACAGGGACACUUGCCAAAGCAGGGCCUUCACUGGCCAUCUGUCUGCCCAGUGGGGGUGGCACAGGGGCCCUGUUCCCCCCCGUGGUGCCACAAGGGACAUUGGCUCUCCUGCACACCCUGCUGCACUCUGCCAGGGCUGGGGGUGCCUGAGGGCUGUGCCAGGGCAGGACAGGGAGCCAGGGGAGGAUGUCCGUGCAGGGCUCAGGCAGAUGUGUCCUGUGCAGGAUGCUGAGCACAGCCCAGGGCUGCUCCCAGUGCCUGGGAAGCCUCUGCUCGGUGCAGCCUUGCUCGGGGUUGGGUGUGGAGGGUGUGCUGGGGGUUUGUGCUCUCUCCUAGCCCCGGGCUGGCCUUUAGCCAGUGAGUGCUGAGCCCAUAGGCUGGACUCAGCCUCCUCUCCCAGCUCUCAUCUCCUCCUCUCACUGCCCCACAGCCUCAGCUGCAGUAAGAGUGGAGAAGAAAGAGCUCUUGGCUUGGAAAUGAUGCUGCAAGCAGGGCUGUGUUACCCCCUUCAACGGAGCCUCUGGAAAGGCAAGGCUGGUUUGAUCACAGCAGGGAGUUACACUGGGAAAGCUGAAACCCAUCAGCUGCCCAGCCUGCCCCAAACUGCAGCCAGGUCUGGCUGGGCAGCAGCAGGAGUGUCCCCAAAGUGUCACAGGGCAUGGAUCUGCCAGACACGGGCAGGGUGAGCACAGCCAGGCUUUGCUGUGUGCCAGUGCUCUGCCCAGCGCUGCCCUGUGCCCUGUGCCACGGGGCCAGCGUGAGGCACAGACUGCCAGCGUGUGCCACUGCCCUGUGCCACGGGGCCAGCGUGAGGCACAGACUGCCAGCGUGUGCCACUGCCCUGUGCCACGGGGCACAGACUGCCAGCGUGUGCCACUGCUGCCACCUUCCACACUCUCCCCAUCCCUAAGGCCAAGCUGCAGAGCAGCCAAACCCACUUGUCCCAAAUGCUCCUGAGGGAGCACGUCCUUUCUUCUCCUGCCAGGCUGUGCAUAGUGGUCGUGGCACACUGCUACCAGGCAAAGCCACAUUUUGGGGUAUGAUGUCCUCACCUGGCCCUGCUGGUGGGGCAGGGCUGGGGAGGCAGGGCAGCUCCUACAUACAGGGAAAAUGCUGCUCUGGGCUGCCACAUGUGCAGUGUUAGCCCAGUGAGGAAAUGUGGUCUCAAUGCCACUAGAUGCUGCCUGAAAAACACAUUUCUCUUACAAACCAGAACACCGUGGGGUAGGAACCAUAGGUAUGAAUGCAGUGACUGCCUUAGCUUGGCCUGGGUGCAGGCAGAAGGGGAUAAGGAUGGGAGAGUGAACACGAUGGGGUUAAAGCACCUCUCACCCAGCAUCCAGACUGCACCUGCCAGGACUGGCUCUCACCCAUCUUCUCCCAGGUCCCGGCUGUGUUUUUCUUGUGGGUUACCUCAUUGUUUUGUCCCUGGGUGUUCCCAGAGCCACCCCAGUGUCCCUUUCCCAUAGUUAUGCUAGGGCUGGGCAGUGUCCAGCAGCUCCUGCCUUGGCAGCUUUCUGUGAUCUGUGUAUGUCUUUAUCCAGUGCUUUGGGGAAGCCUUUGCUUCCUCGGGUCCCCCCACGUGCUGGAAUGGGGACAAGAUUUUAAAAUAAGAUCCUUUUGUUUCCCA